AUGAUGAACGGCAUAAAGUCUUCACCGUGUAAUAUGCCUUACCUUCCUGAUGAUUUACUAUUAAACAUCUUAGGCCGUGUCUCGAGAUUGUACUACCCGAUUCUCUCCUUAGUUUCCAAGAGAUUCCGCUCUCUCGUUGGAUCACUUGAGCUUUACAAGAUCCGAACGCUCCUAGGACGACGCACUGAGAAUUGUCUUUAUCUGAGCUUACGUUUCAGUUAUGGAUCUAACCCACGUUGGUUCACUCUAUGCCGAAGACCAACUCGAACCCCUAGCCCUGAACCUAACCUUAAGUCACGAUGGUUCACAUCCUGCUUUAGACCAAUCCUAACAAAUCUCACUAGGGCCACUAGCAAGGAAGAAAAGAAGUUAAGUGAAAAUCUUAUGGUCUCAAUCCCGACUAGCAAUGAUUGUCCUCUGUCUGGCUUGACUUGUAACACAAUUGGUUCUUAUAUCUACAUGAUUGGGGGAUACAUAAAUGGUGUGCUCUCAUCUAGGGUCUUCUUCUUGGAUUGUCGGUCUCACACCUGGCAUGAAGCUCCAAGCAUGCAGGUAGCCCGAAAGUCCCCACUCGUGAAUGUUCUUGAUGGGAAAAUAUAUGUAGUGGAAGGCUGGAGAGGUUCCGAUUACUCGAAUCUCAUCGAGAUUUUCGAUCCCAAAACCCAAAAAUGGGAACAUGUGCCAAGCCCUAGCGCGGAGAUGCGUGGGAGGUAUAUAUCAAAAGGUUUAGUCUAUGAAGAAAAACUUUACCUGUUUGGGGAUAAAAAUGUGGUUUACAAGCCUAAGGAAAGUAGAUGGGAUGCGUUAGGGUUUGAUAUGAAUUUGUGGUUGGUUAGCUAUGGUUCUUCUUGCGUGAUAGAUAAUGUAUGUUAUAUGGUAUUUUAUAAAAGACUCAUAUGGUACGACUCCGAGGUAAGAUAUUGGAGAGUUUUGAAGGGUUUGGAAAAAUUACCUAAAUUACGACAUCGUCGUUCUUGUAUUAGAAUGGUGGAUUAUGGUGGAAAGAUUGCGAUUCUGUGGGAGAAGAAAGUGCGUGUUGUCGGCUCUGACAAGAAAAUGAUUUGGUGUACUGAGAUUGCGCUUGAAAGGCGCAGUGCACACAAGAUUUAUGGGAAGAUUGAGUGGUGUGAUGUUGUGCUUACAGUGCCCAAGUCAUGUUCUUUAUUGGAAUUUAUUGCUGUUACUAUUUGA